AUGCUCAAGUUGCUACUGGUUGCCGUGUUUUGCUUGCACUUGGUGUGCGCCAAACCUGAAGAAAGGGAGAUGGUGUUUAGAGACAUGCUGAACAAUUUGGUCGAGAAAGGGGAAGUAAGAAGGUCAAAUGGCGGAGAGAUGACCGAUGAAGAAAUUCAUCCUUCGGAAGACAAGCGAGAGUUCAAGAAAAGGUCGACAGCAGCUCUUGACGCGUCAGAGAUACAGGAGUAUGUGGACGCCCACAAUGAGUUCCGAAGGCAGACCACGCCCACUGCAGGAAACAUCAGAUAUAUGAAAUGGAGUGACGAACUUGCAGCUGUAGCUGCGAGUUGGGCUGAAACGUGCAACUGGAGUCAUAACCCCGAUCGAUCGUCUGAUAGUCCUUCCUUUGGUUACGUCGGAGAGAACAAGUACCUUACUACAUCUACGGCAAAUAAGAUCCAUCGCUCAGUGGAGUACUGGUGGCUAGAGAAUAGCAAGUAUGAUUUUGAUACCCAGACUUGUAGUUCAGGAAUCUGUUCACACUAUACACAGGUUGUCUGGCAUGAUUCAGAGUAUGUGGGCUGCGGUGUUCAGUUUUGCCCGUCAAUGAACGGUUUAUCGGGCUGGAACGACGUUACAUUCUACGUCUGCAACUACGGACCAGGAGGAAACUAUGCAGGACAGGACCCGUACACGGAAGGAAGCGACUGUUCCGGAUGUCCUGACGACUGCUGCAAAGACGGCCUGUGUGUUAUAAACCGCUAAAAACGGUUCAAAGAGUACUGCUUAAAUGAAAAAUGCCUACA